AUGGCCACCUCCGACGAGCUCAAGGCGCUCGGCAACAAGGCCAUUGCCGCCAAGAACUUUGACGAGGCCGUCGAGCACUUCACCGCCGCCAUCGCCAUCGACCCCGAGAACCACAUUCUCUAUUCCAACCGCUCGGCGGCCUACGCCUCCAAGCGCGACUGGGACCAUGCCUUUGCCGACGCCGAGAAGACCACGCAGCUCAAGCCCGACUGGCCCAAGGGCUGGGGCCGCCUGGGCAGUGCGCUCUACGGCAAGCGCGAUCUUGUCCGCGCCUACGAGGCCUACCAGGAGGGCCUCAAGCUCGACCCCAACAACAAGGGCAUGAAGACCGACCUCGACAACGUCGAGCGCGCCAUGGACGCCGAGCUGCGCGACGGCGGCCGGGCCGGCGACGGCAGCAGCUUCCCGCCAUCCAAUGCAGCCGACGAGAUGGGCGGCAUGUUCAAGGACCCGGCGCUGCUCGGCAAGCUGGCCGCCAACCCCAAGACCGCCGCCUACCUGCGCGACCCGACCUUUAUGCAGCGCCUGCAGGCCAUCCAGGCGAACCCGAGCAACGUGCAAGACAUCUUCAGCGACCCGCGCAUGAUUGAGGUCAUGGGCGUCGCCAUGGGCCUGGACCUUAGCAUGGCCGGCAUGCCGGGUGCCGCGGGCGGUCCGGAGGCCGCCGACGCCCCGACGGCCAGUGCUGGUGCUGCUGCUGGUGCUGCUGCGGCGGCUGCCUCUUCCACCGCUCCAAAGGCAGAGGAAAAGGUCGAGGGGGUCGUCGAGGAGCCCGAGGCGCCCGAGGAGGAGGACGAGGAGGCCAAGGCCAAGCGCGCGGCCAAGGAGGAGGCCGACAAGGAAAAGGCGCUGGGCACCGCCAGCUACAAGAAGCGCGACUUUGACGACGCCAUUGCCCACUACCAAAAGGCGUGGGAGCUGCACAAGGACAUUGUGUACCUCAACAACCUGGGCGCCGCGCAGUUCGAAAAGGGCGACUACGAGGCCGCCAUUGCCGCCUGCACCCAGGCCGUCGAGGAGGGCCGCGCGCUGCUGGCCGACUGGAAGACCAUGGCCAAGUCGUACGCGCGCAUCGGCACCGCGCACGAGCGCCUGGGCCAGCUCGACCAGGCGAUCGACAACUACAACAAGUCGCUGCGCGAGCAGCGCACGCCCGACGUCGUCGCCAAGCUGCGCGCGGCCGAGCGCCGCCGCAUCGACGAGGCCAAGCAGGCGUACAUUGACCCGGCCAAGGCCGAGGCGGCCCGCGAGGAGGGCAACCGCAAGUUCAAGGAGACGGACUGGCCGGGCGCCGUGCAGUGCUACACCGAGAUGAUCCGGCGCGCGCCCACCGACCCGCGCGGCUACAGCAACCGCGCCGCCGCCUACGCCAAGCUGCUCGAGCUGCCGUCCGCCCUCGACGACUGCGACGCCGCCAUCAAGCACGACCCCACCUUUGUCCGCGCCUACAUCCGCAAGGCCCAGACCUACUUUGGCAUGCGCAAGUACUCGGACUGCGUCGACGCCUGCGCCGAGGCCGACCGCGUCGACAAGGAGUUCCACAACGGCGCCAACGCCCGCGAGAUUGACCAGCAGCAGCAAAAGGCCCUGGCCGCCAUGUACAGCGCCCGCGACAACGAGACCGAGGAGCAGACCCGCGAGCGCAUCGCCAACGACCCGGACAUUAUGGGCAUCAUGCAGGACCCCGUCAUGCAGGCCAUCCUGCAGCAGGCUCAGGGCGACCCGGCCGCCCUCAACGAGCACAUGCGCAACCCCAGCGUGCGCACCAAGAUCCAGAAGCUGAUUGCCGCCGGCGUCAUCCGCGUGGGCCGGUAG